AUGACGGAGCUUCCAGCUGCCGCUUCAUGCUCCGUUUCUCUACACCAUGCCGUGACGCUGGUUCCCACAGGAGGCGGAGAUCGGCUGGAGGUCCUGGCCAAACUGUGCCUGAAGACUGUGGAAAGUGGUGCUGAAAGUGACGUCCACAGACCUGGUGACGCACAGCAGCAGCUGUUCUCUCUGGGACAACAGGGUCGUUGUGGCGCCUCGGUGGCGACGCCUGGUACCGACACCUCUGUCCGCUGGAUCCUGCUGCGGAGGCCCGUCUUCUGCAGAGCCCCUCUUGUGCGCUCUCCUUCACGCCUGAUAAGAAACCUGCCCUGGGCCCUGAAGUUCCCUGUGAUCGUGGGUCAGGAGCGCAGCCUGCAGUUACUGCAGCGCACUCACGCCCACUCACCCCCCCCCCACACCUCCCCACCUCCCCUCUGCCUGUGCAUCCUCCUCUCUGCCGAGCAGAAUCAGAACAGCCGAGCAGCAAGUCGCCGCGCUCCGCUCCUGCUGCCUCAGACGGAAACUUCUCCCGGCCUGAAGAUGCUGGAGCUCAGAUGGCUCCGCCUGCUGCUCCUCUGCCUGCUGCUCCUCUGCCUGCCCUGGGACUCCGCCACCAAGAAGGUGGUGAAGACCCCCCGCUGCCCGGCGACCUGCUCCUGCACCAAAGACAGCGCCUUCUGCGUGGACACCAAGGCCAUUCCCAAGAGCUUCCCUCCUGGAAUCAUCUCCCUGACCAUGGUGAACGCAGCCUUCACGACCAUCCCAGAAGGAGCUUUUUCUCAUCUUAACCUGCUGCAGUUCCUGCUCCUCAACUCCAACACCUUCACCGUGAUUUCUGACGACGCCUUUGCAGGACUCUCCCACCUCCAGUACCUCUUCAUCGAGAACAACGACAUCCAGACCCUCUCAAAGUUCACUUUCCGAGGACUCAAGUCCCUGACCCACUUGUCUCUGUCCAACAACAAUCUGCAACAGCUUCCGAGAGACCUCUUCAAGCAGCUGGACAUCCUGACUGACCUGGACCUCAGAGGCAACUCGUUCCGGUGUGACUGCAAGAUCAAGUGGCUGGUGGACUGGAUCCAGAAGACCAACACUUCAGUCCCUGCCAUCUACUGCGCCAGCCCUUUUGAGUUCCAGGGGCGAAGAAUCCAGGAUCUAGCAGCGCGAGACUUCAACUGCAUCAGCGCAGAUUUCGCCGUCUAUGAAACGUUCCCCUUCCACUCGGUGUCCGUGGAGUCGUACGAGUUUGGGGGAGAUCAGUUUGUGGUCUUCGCUCAGCCGGAUACUGGCUUCUGCACCCUGUUCGUCUGGGAUCACGUCGAGUUAAUAUUCCGGAAGUUUCACAACAUCACGUCUCGAUCGGCCGUGUACUGCAAACCUGUCGUCAUCAACAACACGGUCUACAUGGUUGUUGCUCAGCUCUUCGGGGGAUCGCACAUCUACAAGUGGGAAGAAGAUCCCCAGCGAUUCAUCAAGAUCCAAGACAUCGACACCACUCGGGUCAGGAAGCCCAACUUUGUGGAGACCUUCCAGCUGGACGGGGAAUGGUACUUUGUGGUGGCAGACAGCUCCAAGGCUGGCUCCACAAGCAUCUAUCGGUGGAACAGCAACGGUUUCUACUCCCACCAGUCCCUCCACCCCUGGCAUCGAGACACCCACGUCGAGUUCCUGGACGUCGGCGGGAAGCCACACCUGAUACUCUCCAGCGCCUCCCAGCCACCUGUGGUAUAUCAGUGGAACCGUAACCAAAAGCAGUUUGUGGUGUUCUCCCAAAUCACCGAGCUGGCAGACGUCCAGAUGGUCAAGCAUUUCUGGGUGAGGAAGGUCCUGUACCUGUGUCUCACCAGAUUCAUCGGUGACUCGAAGAUCCUUCGCUGGGAAGGACAGCGUUUUAUAGAGAUCCAGACUCUCCCGUCCCGUGGCUCCAUGUCGGUCUACCCUUUCAUGGUGGGUCUCCGCCAGUACCUCAUCCUUGGGAGUGACUUCUCCUUCUCCAGAGUCUACCUGUGGGACGACCUCACCCAGCGCUUCCAGCCCUUCCAGGAGCUCAACAUGAGAGCACCGCGGGGCUUUAGCCUGGUGUCUGUCGACAACAAAGACAUCAUGCUGGUGGCCAGCUUUAAAGGCAACACCCUGGCGUACCAGCACCUUCUGGUGGACCUCAGUGCCAAGUAGAGUUUGGAAUCGAGCACUGAUCAUCCGAUUUAUAAAUGACAUAUGCUUUUGUUUAGGGAUGCACCAAUACCAGGUUCUUUCCAAACGAAUCGAGUGUACAAGUACUUGCAUUUGAGUACUCACCGAUACCGAGUACUUACUAUUUCACAAAAAGUUGCUUAGAGUUUUGUCAUAAACUGACAUUCGUAAAAUGCGCGCUGCCGUAAAGUGGUAUCGGACAGAUAUCCAAUACCGGUAUCGGUGCAUCCCUACUUUGAUAAAAAUCAACGGCUAAGCGAGACUUUUAUGUUCAAGCCUUUUGACUUUUUAAUGUUUUGUUUUUCUUUCCAUGACAAAUGGUGGUGGCUAAUAUGCUAAUUGUUAUGAAGUUCUCUACGGAACACGACAGAUUUAGUUGGUUGGAGCAAUAAUUUCUCAAGGCUAUGUCACAGCACAUGCUUUUAGUCAGACUUGUUGCGCUAGGUUGAAGUUCUUUGGUGCAUCUGGAUCACUUUUGAAACUCUCCAUAUUUGGCAAACUCCUGAUCCACUUUCAGAAUAUGACAGUGAAUAUGCGUUAAUCUGUGGCGCAUAAAUAUUGCACCCAGUAAGUACAGCAGCAGUUCCAACACCAUCAUUAAUUCAUAGUUUGCAGCAUGUAACACUUGAGCGUCUUCGACUGUGAGCACCACAUUUUUUUGGCCACCACGGCAUAACUUGAGUGCUCGCUAGCAUCGUGCAGCUCUGUUGCCUUUAGCAUGUCGAGAGGUACAUUAAAAAAACCUUUAGAUUCUAGUUGUGUUUUUAACGUGGCACAGCAACAACAACAGUUGUGUACUACUCACCAGGGUGUGCGGCAUCAACUCCUUUGAUCAGUUACUGUCACUAGUUCCUUUGUUGGUGACCAAGGCACCGGCGGUGAGAAUGCAUGUCCGUCUCUCCAAGUUUGGACACCAGAACGUGCUUGUGAAACCUGUGACAUCAUGACCUUUGGACUAUCUUUUUUAAAUUAUUGUGUCAUAUAGAACAGAAAGGAGGUGGAAUGUCUUGUUCACACGUGAUUGAGGAAACGCACGUGUUCAUCUACAGUUGAGGAAGUAGUAAUGAAGGGUAGAUGAGGCUUCGUGACACAGUAGUGAAGGGCAGAUGAGGCAUCAUGAAACAGUGUCCUGAUUUUCAGAGGCCACCAGAUGGUGCUGUCUGGUGUGAAAUGUUUGGACUUGAACAACUAAUUCAAAUGAAACCUCACAUCAUUUCUACACCAAGAGCUAAAAUGAGGACACUAUUUCAUCCACCCUGCAAACUGUUUCAUGAUGCCUCAUCUACCCAUCACUGAGGAGUAAAACACAGCAACAUAUUGAAAAUGAAGGUGAAAAUGCAGUUACUAUAUAAGUCUGACACUUGUUACCCAAAACCUUGUCUCAGAUUCCGUUGAAGCAUUUGUUUGUUCUGAUCAUUUCCUCGUAGACAGGUUUGAUCUGGACUCAGUAAAAAAAAUAUUAAAUAAAAAAAACAAUACAAGUGU